GUUUGGAUAUCUCUAAAAAAAUUGUAAUUAGGAUUUUGCUUCUUUAUAGUCGGGCUAUUGGCACAAUCCUUGGCGAUAUGAUCCAGACCACCACAUUUGAAGCAACCUCUGCCUGUGUCCAGAGUAGAAAUUUUUUUUGAAUGUUUCACUUAAAACUGAUAGGGAUUGAAGAUUUUCUCUACUCUUUGGCCACACUCCAUGGGUUUCAAAGUUGCAUCCAGGGGAUGGAAUCUUUACUCCUUGCAUUUCAGGUCUCUCUAAAGGUAUAUCGACAUGAUGAUAAUAACAUGGAAAACAUGGGAAUUCAUGGAUUGUUGGCUCCAUUGAAGGCUUUUGGAUACAUUGUAGAAGCCCUGGAGAUGCUAUUGAUGUCCAUGGCAAAAGAUGGUACUGAGGCUCUUGGCUCAAUGAGAAAUGAUGCUCCUUUGGCUGUGAUGUCCAAUAGAAAGAAACUUACAUUUGAGUAUUUCAAGCAGAUGUUUGCUUAGGUUACAAACCCACUGAUUGAUCCGAUCCAGAGAGAAAAUAGUCACGUGGAAGGGGACCUUACUGAAAUAGUUCAUGUGGAAGGCUAUGUGGCAGUUUGUUUGUUUUGAAAACUUUAAAUAGACCAUC